CUGCCCGCCAGCAGGUCAGGGCGGACCUAGUUUGGCGUGUUCCGGUCACGCGGGAACGUCGAGCGACCACCGCUCGUAACUGGCUGCUGGCGCUGAGCGGUACCGGAGAGCGCUGGAUGGGGGCUCAUCCCGGGACGCCAGGUCACCGUCAGACCACAUCCCGGGACGCCAGUCACCGUCAGACCCUACCAGCACAGGUCAACUGAGCGGUCGUCGUCCCAGGUCAACUGAGCGGUCGUCACCCCAGGUCAACUGAGCGGUCGUCACCCCAGGUCAACAGAGCGGUCGUCACCCCAGGUCAACUGAACGGUCGUCACUCCAGGUCAACAGGCGGUCGUCACCCCAGGUCAUCUGAGUGGUCGGUCCAGGUCAUCUGAGCGGUCGGUCCAGGUCAGCUGGGUGGUCGGUCCAGGUCAGCUGAGUGGUCGGUCCAGGUCAGCUGGGCGGCGCAGUUCUGCCGGUAUGUCCGGUGAUUCACUGACCGCGCGGCGCGGAGCUGCCGGCUACUGGCGGCUGACCGGGCGGGCGACCACUUCCCAGCCGGCACAGCGCGCCGGCCGCCGACCCGCGCCACGUGACCGGCCGCAGCGGCCACGGCGCCGCUCACGUGACCGGCCGCAGCGGCCCGUUACAGCCGGACGGCCGAGCGGGUCGACGAGUCGGCGGCGGCGACGGUGCGCAGUCAGUCGACGACCGACGCCAGAACGGACCACAGUGAAUCGCACAAGUAUGGCAGGCCUGCCUGCGUUUGAAGUGGGUUCCGCCGCGGCGACGGCGGCGUCGGCGACGACGGCCUCUGGCCUGGCGGCGGUGGAGCCGUCCGUGGACUCUGUCACCACACUCUCCGUGCUGCUGAUGAUGGCCUACAUGGCCCGGGCGACGUUCCCCAACUUCUUCAAGUCGCUGCUGGACGAGCGGCUGCUGGCGAUGGCCGGUCUCACCACGCCCAACAGCACGACUGCACAGAAGUCGCGCGUCGAGGAGGAGGACGAGUGGUGGCACUUCCCGAUCCACCUGCUGGCGCUGUGGCAGAUGCGCCACCAGCCGCACCAGCAGGCCUGCGCGCGCCGGCUCGUCUGCGACCACGUCACCGCCGGAACGCCCGACCCCUUCUUCGACUUCGCCAUCGGCGGCGUGGCCUACAUGAUGGGCGCCAGCGGCUCGCUCUCCAUGGUCGACAAGCUGCAGUCGCUCGAGAACGAGGUGGUCGACUGCGAGAGGCUCGUGCCAGAGUGCGAGGGGCCCAAGCUGCGCGAGGCCAUGAGCCUGGGCACCACCAUUCAGAAGUUCUCGGCCAUGGUGGCGGAGUGGCUGGGCUGGUAGCCGGCCGCCGAGCGUCUGCGUCUGUGUGUGUGUCUGUGUGUGUGCUGACUGCUGCUCGUUUGUGCUGAGCUGUGCGCGUCCGCUGUGGCGUUCGUGAAGAGACAUUGAUCGUGGGGCAUUGAUUUACACUGGAGACCAGCGGAGGGUCGGCACGGUUUGUGCUUUCGUCUAUUUAUAUUUGUUACGUGGAGUCUGUUGUGGCGAUCCGGAGAGGACGGUGCGCUGUAAGGACCGAGGACGCUUCAGGACAGAGUACUGUCCACCGUCGGCUAUUUAUUGACGGUUUUUCGUAAGCACCGCUGGGGUACAAUGCUGUUUUAUUGAGACCCUCGGACCCGCCGAGAACUCGAGGUUAAAUAAAACGUUUUCGUAUUA